AUGCGCAGUCCCACCUGCGGCCUGUUCCGGAAAGCGGUAAGGAAGCCUCGGUGAGUGAGCAGCAGGUGUGCGCAGGCGCGGUGGUUUCCGGGGCUGGGGAGGCUGCCAUGUCGGUUCAGGAGGACCCGGUCCAGCGCGAGAUCCACCAGGACUGGGCCAACCGCGAGUACAUCGAGGUCAUCACCAGCUCCAUCAAGAAGAUCGCGGACUUCCUCAAUUCCUUCGACAUGUCGUGCCGCUCCCGCCUGGCCACGCUCAACGAGAAGCUGACGGCGCUGGAGAGGCGGAUCGAGUACAUCGAGGCCCGGGUAACAAAAGGUGAAACGCUGACAUAAAUAUGCUGGAGGCUGGCAGGGAUCCAGCCGGGAAAGGAACGUGCAGCUCUUCACAAAGCUGAUGCUCAGACAUUAAGUUUCUUCAUUACUUAAUACGGAUGAGAGUUAUGCUUGUUUCUGCCCCUCAGGAAGCUGCACCAACCCCAUCCCCCCAAAAAUUUUGAGCCUGUGACUUUAUGUGGGUGAUUCCAGAUGAAACUGCAAAAUUGUACAGCUGCAUGUUUAAUUCUGUGGGUUUUAUACAAGCUGAUUCAUGCAACCUGUGUUAUUUAGUCCUCCCUCCCCAAUGCUUGUGAAGCUACUCUUGCUUUGCAGCGACCAAAUCCUUGUGAAACCAAAUCUUCAUUUCUAGGACCACAAUUUUAUUACGGUUAUUAUUUUGGAUUUAAACAGAUGUUGGGGACUGUUCCUAGUGGGCAACUAUUUCAAAUAUACAUUAUACAUAUUCCGCAGAUGGCUUUUGUUGCUGGAAGAUAUCAAAUGGCUUGUUGUGCUGCAGCUGUUUAGUAAAAUAAAUGUGCAGUAUAUAUGGGGAUAGGGGUGGGGGAAAAACCAUGUGCCAAGGGAGGGGUUAACUCGGUUUUCUAAGUAUUUUUUAUUCUGUAAUGCAACUUGGGAUGUCUUUUCCAUUUGUGUUUCAACAAUAAAAUAUCUCUGGAUAGCA